AUGACGGAUCCACCACCACCCUCCACCUCCUCCAUGAUAUCUGCCUCACACCGACUCUACCGGGCUGUGACAGGAAACCCAGAGACUGUUAAUGAGUCCCAGCAGCAGCUCGGAGCUCCCAGCAGGCCUGAAUGCCGCUGCUGCCUUCACGGGCCCCCCCCCGACACUCAGAGGGACGGGGAUGGCUGGAGGAUGCUGAUCCAGUCUGCUGACGUGUUUAACUCCAUAAACCUCUCCCUGUCUGCAGCGGCUCUCCACAGUCCCGUGUACCGAUACGUGGUCACGCACACGCCGUCCGGGCCAGUCAACGUGACCAGCGGCCUGCUGCCGUUCCCCAGCCGCUUCUCCUUCCACUGUCUGGACGUCGUGGCUUUCUUCGGAGGGCUGGAGUCCGUCCUGGGGACACCGCUCUCUGACAAAGACAGGAACUUCCAGGAGCUCAUCAGACGCCACCUCGUCAACUUCGCCAGAACAGGUAAGAUGAAGGCCGAGUGGCCAGAAUACCCAGCAGCCACUGCUCUCCUGUCCGGCAAUCUGACGGUGAAGCAGGACUACAGGGCGGAUCGGUGUCGGCUGUGGAGGGAGAACGGCCUGUACGCCUACGCCUGGAUAAACUGAGUGUUCGUCUAAAACCAGACUUCAUGAAAGGCUUCGUUACACUGAAGUGACGUUGGCUCGAAUCCCACAGCAGCUAUUUGACUAAAUAUCUCAGUGAACUUAAAGGGUCAGUUCACCAAACUUCACGCAACCUCCAGUGGAUUUAUCUCAUAGUUUUUAUAUUAUUGUGGAUCAGAGGUGACAAAACAUAAUUGUAUUUUUAUUUUAUGGUAUUAAAUUUGCAAAAACCUCAGAAUUUAAAUUUAUCCGAAGUUAAAUUAGAGGAACUGCUUUCACCCAAAAAGUACCUGGAUGUGUUGCUCUCAUCUUAACCCAAUUCUGAAUCCCCUGUGAUGUGGUUAAGGUCUGUGAGCUGAAUUUUGUUGCUAGGAUGAGGAAGGCACGAUAUAGUUGAGUAAGAAUCAGGAAUAUUUCACUUAAAUCCAUAACUAUGUAGUUUUCUCCCCCGUCCGUGGGUCAGUAUUGAUGCGCAAUCUAUGUCUCUUCUGUUUAAUAUGGAGUGUGGAC